UUACCAAUGGAGCCACCCAUUAUUUCCCACCAACAAAUUACUCACUACAAGCUCAACACCGAAAAUGUCUCCUACAAAUUGUCCCCAACACACAACUGGCUGCCCUCGACCUUGUUCGUCGAGGACAGCCAAUUUUCCAAGUUUGUCCUCAGGGACGUCACUUGUGACGCCAACCCUGGGCAACUGACCGCGAUUGCCGGCCCCAGUGGGGCUGGCAAGACAACACUGCUGGAUAUUCUAGCAGGGAUGAUCAUCCCAGCCAGACUCUCCGGCAGUGUUCUGGUCAACAACCGGGUCAUGGACCCAGACCAUUUCCGAAGGGUUGCAGGCUACGUCACCCAAGACGACGCGCUCUUUCCCCUCUUAACCGUCGAGGAGACGCUCACCUACAGCGCCUGCCUCCGGCUCAAGGCCGGCCGCGACAAGGCGGCCGCCAGAGUGCAGAAGCUGCUCAAGGAGCUCGGGCUGGAGCACAUCAGCGGCGUCCGAGUUGGCGACGAAUCGAGCCGGGGAAUCUCCGGAGGCGAGAAGCGGCGGGUGUCGAUCGGAGUGGAUUUAGUGCAUGAUCCAUCCGUUCUUCUCCUGGAUGAGCCGACGUCGGGGCUGGACUCCGCUUCGGCCCUCCACGUCAUAUCGCUGCUCAAAUCUAUGGCGAAGAAUCAGCACAAGACGAUUGUGGUAACCAUUCAUCAACCCGGGUUCCGGAUUCUCGACUUGAUCGAUCAUGUUAUAUUGCUCAGCAACGGAUCAGUCAUGCACAACGGCUCUCUGGAGUUUCUUGAGGAGCGGAUCAAGGCGGCCGGCCACGUCAUUCCUUGCCGCGUCAACGUGCUUGAGUUCGCAAUUGAUGCAGCUAAUGAAGCUUUGCAGCAAGAACAAGGUGUUCAAGUUGAAGAUGUUGAGGCACAGAAACAGAUUGAUGUUGAUGAGGAUGAUUUCUUGGUUAAUAAUCAUGAAAGAGAAAAGCAUGACCUGUACUGCAAUUCUCAUCUGGAUGAGGUUUUCAUCCUCAGCCACAGAUUUGCUAGAAACAUUUUGCGAACAAAACAGCUAUUCGCGGCGAAAACAAUCCAGUCAUUAUUAGUAGGAAUUGUGCUAGGCACAAUCUUCAUUGAUGCAUUUGGUGAGAACGAGGGAAAGAAGGUGCAAAACCAAGUAGGGUUUUUCGCCUUCACUCUGACAUUUCUGAUCUCUACAACAACGGAAGCUCUGCCGGUUUUCCUGCAAGAGAGGAGGAUUCUAGAGAGGGAGACGUCCCGGGGAGCAUACCGGAUCUCUUCCUACAUGGUGGCCAACACUCUCGUCUUCCUCCCUUUCCUCUUGAUAGUGGCGCUAUUAUACGCGACACCAGUGUAUUGGAUUGUGGGGCUGACUCGAAAUAUCUCACAGUACCUCUACUUCACUAUGGUAGUGUGGAUGGUGAUACUAAUGGCCAACUCCUUCGUCGCAUGCUGCAGUGUUCUGGUGCCGGAUUUCAUCACAGGAAUGUCGCUCACCGCUGGAGUGAUGGGGGCCUUCUUCCUCUUCUCCGGCUACUUUCUCACCACCGAUUCCAUACCCAAAUGCUGGAAUUUUAUGCAGUAUUUGAGCGUUUUCAAGUACCCUUACGAGAGCUUCGUCAUAAACGAGUUCGGAGGGGAGGAGGGAAGGGCCAAAUGCAUGGAGAGAAUUGAAGGUGAAUGCUUGAUCUAUGGCCAUGGAUUCUUGAUCCGACAAGGGUUGAAGGAGUCUCAAAAAUGGAUCAACUUGUUCAUGAUGAUGAGUUUCAUUAUUGGUUAUAGAUUUUUAGGUUAUGUGUUUCUAUGGUACAAGUGUUACAAAACAAGAAAUUAAAUACUUUCAA